GUAAAAGGGUCGUCUUAUGUACUAAUAGUGUCUGUUAAUUCUGACAGAAUUAGCGGCAUUAUUCUUUCAAUUGUGCUUGGAUGAAAUACUUCUAUAUAACGCUGUAGUGCUAGUGUUGUGAUUAUAAUUUCUUUUUUAUAUUAAAUGUUAUGCUUAGAUAUUUCGAUUGUGAAAAUAUUUGUGAAUUCUAAUGUGUUCCACAAAGUUAAAAACAAAUUAUCAUGGGUUAUAUAUAGUGUUUAACAGAUGACAUGACUAUAAUUAUAAAUAAUGUUCGUAUCAAUUGAUCUUACUAGUAUAUUGUUAGAUAUUCUUUUCUUGUGCGUAAACUUAACAAUUCAGUACGAAAAAUUAAUAUUUACUUUCACAAAAGACAAGCAAAUAUUAUUCCCAUAAGUGUUGAAUGAUCUAUUAUACCUAGAACGGAAAUACAUUGCUAAAUAUCGAACUACAUGUACUACAAUUGAACAAGUUAUGUAUAAAUACUGAAAUUUGAGAAAGUAAAAUAAGGACUCUACUUGAUUUAAAUCUUUAAACGUCAUUACAAAAUAAAUGCUUGCGAAACGAGUGUUUAAAAAAUCUAAUGAUCCGACAAUUUACCGAAAAGACAUGAAUUAAUCAAGUGACAUGCAGAAACAAAUAAAAUCUUUGAAAUAAUUACGAAAAAUAAAAGGAGAUAUGUGUUAAUCAAUCUAAUAAUUAGAUAGUUUACAUAAAUUAUGUAAUUAUUCAAAAUAAAUGUAGAAACAUAUAAAAGCUCUAAUACUCUUGAAAACAAUAGGAGAAAUCUAUAUUCUGAGAUAGGAAACUGGAGGACACUACACUGUAUGCUGUAGUUUGGAGUAUGUAGACAGAUUUCUGCACUAGGAAGUAGACUAAUAAAAUAGAGAGGUAUCAGGAAAAGAGCAAGAAAACGCCAGUGCUGUUUUAAUUUAGAAGUACUGUUUUUGUGACCGUCUGAUGCAGAAAAGCUUUUCCCAGCAUAUAAGGGCUUGCUGAAUCACGGCUGUCUCAGCGAUUUCUAAAGUUCAAGUUCAGAAGAAUUGAAUAAACCUGGAAGCAUAUAUUCCCUCCAUUUAUAACCCCAGAAGAUCGUCAGAUGUGAUUCAGAAAUAACUGGAAACAAAUAUGAGUACUGCGAUUGUAAGCUUAGUGGACCAAGAGAAGAUUAUACUGGACAAAUCCAUCGAGUGCAUGACCCAGAUCUAUCAAGAGGCUUCGAAUAGCACAAAUAAUGGCUGCCCCAGAGUUUGGGACGGAGUCAUGUGUUGGCCACCAACAGAUAACGGAACUGUUAUGUCUAUUCCAUGCCCAAAUUAUGUCAAUGGGUUUAAACCAAGCGAAAUGGCGACAAGGACCUGUGACAGUACAGGGGAGUGGUGGAUAAAUCCAGUAUUGAACGGAACAUGGACUAACCUAACGCUAUGCUCCGAUAGAGAUUCAAAUUUUCAUUACGAUGUACCUAAAAUUAUAGCGGCACACAUGGACCGUAUACGACUGAUGUACAACAUUGGGUAUGGGAUAUCCUUGGUGUCUCUCUUGCUGGCUGUCAUAGUCAUGAUUUACUUCAAACGCCUGCAUUGUCCAAGAAACACCAUUCAUAUCAAUUUGUUUGUGUCAUUCAUAUUUCGGGCAAUCAUCUCGUUUGUCAAAGAGAACGCUCUUAAACAAGGCGUCGGCUUAAGUUUCGAUGUAGAGGUCGCUAAAAAUGGCAAUAUACAAUUUCUUGAAGAUAGUUCGCAUUGGCAAUGCAAGAUAUUCUUUUCGUUCUUUAAUUACAUUCUGGGUGCCAACUACAUGUGGAUAUUUACAGAGGGGAUAUAUCUACAUAUGCUAAUUACAGUUGCAAUGUUUUCGGAAAAAUCUGGAAUUAAGAGACUCCUUUUGUUUGGCUGGGGUGCUCCAAUUGUGUUUGUCAUACCGUGGGUUAUUAUUCGAGCAACAUUAGAAGACGUAUUAUGUUGGAAUACCCAUCCUACACCUGGAUAUUUCUGGAUGAUCCGGGGUCCUAUAGUUGGGGCAAUGGUUAUCAACUUUUUCAUAUUCCUCAACAUUAUUAGAGUAUUAUUCACCAAACUGAAUGCAUUUAAAACUCCGGAUGUUAAAAGGUACCGGUAUAGAAAGUUGGCAAAGUCGACGUUGGUACUAAUUCCACUGUUUGGAGUACAUUACAUAGUUUUCAUCGGGUUACCUGACAAGGUGGACGAAACUACAGAAUUGGUCAAAUUAUAUUACGAAAUGUUCUUUAAUUCCUUCCAGGGUUUCUUGGUGAGCCUGUUGUUCUGUUUUCUGAAUGGAGAGGUACAAACAGAAAUCAAGAAAAAAUGGAGACGUUAUGUUCUGAAGCGCGGAGGUAGUGGUUUCAGACGUGCUGGGAGAGAAACUCUGACGUCAUAUAUCUCGCGAACACGUGGCUCAGUGGCGUCGGCAAGUGCAUAUGCAUUAGAAAAAGACAUACCAAAUGGCAAAAGUCGGUACAAAGUCGACAAAAAUACCCAGAACGGCAAUUCAUCGACCGAUAAUUCUGAACAUAUAGAUCGGAAUGGAUUGAUAUCUUGCAAUACAAGCGACCAUGAAGCUCAUUCAAUGAUAGAACUGACUCCACCAUCAGGACAACAUUACAGAAAUGAGGAUGUGCCACUUAUAUUGAACAAUAAUGAAAACAUAAAAAACGAUGAAACAUCUGUCAAGGACUGAAAUGUAUUCCACACAAUGGAUGAAAUAUUCUUUUCUUCGGAAUAGUUGACGGUAUAAUUCUGAUAUCGCUAGUUCCGUUGUGUAUUGAUCUGUGAUAGAAAUAAGUUGGAGGUCUAUGUAAGACAGCCCGGUAUUGUUGUAAUGUGAGUUUGACCGGAAGCAAUGACAAAUGCUAUUUUAUUCAGAUAUUUAAAAUUAUUUAUUGGACUACUUGUGUCCAGACAAGUAAAGAAUUUAAUAGUAUACUACUAGUAUACGAGUUCAUUGCAGUACUCUAUCCAACUUCAGCAAUGAAACAAAAACAAAAUGAUGCCGUAGAUACAAUUAGUGCGUUGACCACCGUGCGUUUGAUGAAUUUCUCACUUGAUAUGCACGACCAAUUCGUAAUUUAGUGUCAUAUUGUAAUAGUUCAUUCCACAUAUUUUUAUAUCUUAUAAUAAUCUCUUUAGGUAACUAAAGAUCAGUUUUGCAUUUACACAGAACAAAUCUUGCAAAACGUUCUGUCAAAAUCUAUACACAAGUGACUGCAUGUUCUACUGUUUGACAGACAAAAAUAUUGUCUCUCAAGAUCACAUACGUUAUAGACAUAAAUAGAAAUAGUGUCGUGUAAUCCCUCAAGAUUCACGUACGUUACAAACAUAAGAUUUACGUACGUUAUAGACAUAAAUAGAAAUAGUGUCGUGUAAUCCCUCAAGAUUCACGUACGUUAGAAACAUAAGAUUUACGUACGUUAUAGACAUAAACAGAAAUAGUGUCGUGUAAUCCCUCAAGAUUCACAUACGUUAUAGACAUAAACAGAAAUAGUGUCGUGUAAUCCCUCAAGAUUCACGUACGUUACAAACAUAAGAUUUACGUACGUUAUAGACAUAAACAGAAAUAGUGUCGUGUAAUCCCUCAAGAUUCACGUACGUUAUAGACAUACACAGAAAUAGUACACUAUUAUCUGUGCUGAUUUAGGUACGUUACAGUUAGUGAUAUAUGUACGCUAUAGACUAAGUAGAAAAAUUACACAUAAGAUUUACGAACAUUAUAGACAUGAUUAAAAAAUAUUCGCUCUAAUUUGUCAAUAUUCACUUAUGUUCUACAUCUUUUACAACAUUUGAAGGAUGCAUACCUCACAAUAUCAUAGCUGUAAUAACCUAUAUAAAAAAAAAUUCAGAAAACUGACGAAACAAACUAAUUUGAAACUUUUUUGUUUUUGUAAGGAAACGUGAUUUUUAGCAAAACAUUAUAUGCGUAUUCUGUAAAAUUUGCAAAAAUAUAUUAUUUUUACAAGUAUUUCUACUUGGUUUCUCUAAAGCUAAAUUUAUUUUAGACUUUACAGUAAUCAUAUUAUAUUAGCUCACCUGAGCACUCAAUAAAAUCUUGGACGAGUUUGAUAUUGGGUCAUCUGGGGUCAAAAACUAGGUCACCAGGUCAAUCAAUUCAAACACUCUAGAGGCCACAUUAGGAUAAUAUCUUCAUGAAACUUAGUCAGAAUGUUAAUCUUGAUGAUUUUUAGAUCAAGUUCGAAUCUGGGUCAUGUGGGGUCAAAACCUAGAUCAUCAGAUCAAAUCAAAGAAAAAUCUAGUCUACACUCUAGUGGCCACAUUAAUGAACAUAUCUUAAAGAAACUUGGUCAGAAUGGUAAUCUUUAUAAUAUUUAGGUCAAGUCCAAAUCUGGGUUAUGUGGGGUCAAAACUAGGCCACCAGGUCAAACCAAAGGAAAAGUUUGUUAACGCUCUAGAGGUCACAUUUUUGACUAUAUCUUCAUUAAACUUAGCCACAAUGUUAAUCUUGAUGAUCUUAAGGUCAAGUUCGAAUCUGAAUCAUGUGGGGUUAGAAACUAGGUCACCAAGUCAAAUCAAAGGAAAAGCUAGUUUACACUCUAGAGGCCACAUUUAUGAGCAUCUCUUAAUGAAAUUUGGUCAGAAUGUUAAUCUUGAUGAUUUUAGGUCAAAUUCAAAUCUGGGCAGGUGGGAUCAAAAACUGGGUCUCCAGUUCAAUCAAAGGAAAAACUAGUUAACACUCUAGAGGCCAAAUUUAUGACCGUAUCUUAUCGAAACUUGGUCAGAAUGUUAAUCUUGAUGAUCUUUAGGUCAAGUUCAAAUCUGGGUCAGGUGGGUUGAAAACUAGGUCACUAGGUCAAAUCAAAGGAAAAGUUUCUUAACACUCCAGAGUCCACAUUUAUGACUGUAUCUUCAUGAAACUUGGUCAGAAUGUUAACCUUGAUGAUCUUUAGGUCAAGUUCGAAUCUGGUUCAUGUGGAAUGUGACCUACUGAUCUACUUUGUUGCUUUUUAAGAUACAGCCUUGAAAUUUAGAUGACAUGUACAGUUUUGCACACCGAUCUUAACACUGACUUUCAUUGACCAUGAAUGUGACCUACUAACCUGCUUUCUUGUCUUUCUUAGAUACAGCCUUGAAAUUUUGAUGACAUGUACAGUUUUGCAGACUGAUCUUUAAACUGAAUUUCAGUGACCAUGAAUGUGACCUACUGACCUACUUUCUUGUUCUGUAAGAUACAGUCUUGAAAUUUGGAUGACGUGUACAGUUUUGCAUACCGAUCUUAAAACUGACUUUCAGUGACCAUAAACGUGACCUCCUGACCUUCUUUCUUAAUAUUUUAGCAUCAGUUUGACAUUUGAAACAUGUAGCUCAUAUUACUCAGGUGAGCGAUCCAGGGUCAUCAUGACAGGAAAGGCUAAUAUUUUAGGUUAAAAGAUACACUGUGAUACCGGUUUACCAACAAUUAUGAGAUCUGCUUAAUUUUUCGGUUCUUGAAGAGGGUUUUCAUUCCUGAAUUUGCUGAAUUCAUUUAGAGCGUUGAAUGCACACCUUUUGUUAUUUAUAUCAAAUAAAUGAGUUAUGGCCCUUUUGCGUUCAACCUUCUGUUCAUAAUACUGAACAUUAAAUCCUACUUGUCUAAAGUCAUUUUGAUCCGUCAUUGGCAGUGAUCAAAGCAUGUAAGCCAGUCCUAAAAUUCUGUCGUCUUAGAUCUGAUUUAUUCAAUGAAUUAUUUGUUUGAAUUGGCCUGUGCCAGUUUUAUGAGCACGCACGCCAUACUGUUUCCUCUACCAGAAGCUAGUAGUAAGUUUUAGUGUUUGUUGAUGUACAUAUAAACUUUCUAUUUAUGUUUUUACAUUAAAUGAUUUUUGAAUAAACACACAAUGACAAUUUGUA